CAGUGUGCUCCGAACGUGCCUGAGAAUGGACCGCAACCUGCUGCGAGCCGUGUCUUGUUGGCUUGUCGUCCUUUGUUCCGUUUCCAUCCCCGCGGAGAGUCGCCUGCUUCACGACCGGAGCGUCAGCCCCUCGGACCCCCAGAGUUCGCCCCGCGUGGCGCACGGUGACGUGCAGCCUCGGCUGUCCGAGACCAGGCGGCAAGAGAGCGCGGAGCUCGACGUUCGGCCCCGACCCGUCGUGGUCAAGUGUCACCCGGACUCGAUGGAGGUUGUGAUGCAGGCUGACCUGUUUGACGCCGGCCUGAAGGUGGACGGGGGUCACCUGCGGCUGGGUCUUGAGCCUUUAAGCGGGUGCGAGGCGGUCCCGUCGGGAGCGGAGGAACUCACCAUCCUGGCCCGCCUGACAGACUGUGGAACCAAACUCUCUUCAACAGAGGAGAAAAUAAUCUAUUCCAAUGUUCUGUACUACUUGCCUGAACCCAGUUUGUAUGAUGGGCUGCUCAGACUGGAUGAGGCAGCCAUUCCAGUUGAAUGCCAUUAUGAAAAGAGGUAUUCAUUGGAUGGUGUCUCCUUGCUUCCUGCCUGGGUUCCUUUCGUCUCCAUAACUUCUGCAAAUGACCAGAUCGACUUCAAUCUACGAAUCAUGACUGAUGACUGGCAGUCUGAAAGGGGAUCCCAUUCCUUUUUCCUGGGUGAUCCCAUUCAUUUUGAAGUCUCUGUUGUCAUGGGCAAUCACAUGCCCCUGAGAGUCUAUGCUGACCACUGUGUCGCCACAGCCACUCCUGAUGCUGACUCUACUUCCAGAUAUGACUUUAUUGAGCAUCAUGGGUGUCUUGUUGAUGCGCUCCUGACAAACUCGAUCUCUCGCUUCUUGCCAAGAGUUGAAGAGCACAAGCUGAGGUUCCAGCUAGAGGCUUUCAAGUUCUACCAGGAGCCCAGCAACCAGGUUUAUAUAACCUGUCUUGUAAAAGCUGGUCCAGUCAUGCUGGCUGUCAGUCCUCAAAACCGGGCCUGCUCUUUCAUAAAGGACAGAUGGCUGUCGGUAGAUGGAACCAACCAGGUGUGUAGAAGCUGCGACACCAGCCAAGAGAUCGAGGAACCGCAAASUACAAAUCCACUCAAUACUGAAGCUUGGGCCCCCAGGACCCCACAAGAAGGUUCAGUCAAGAGUAAAGCGGAACAUCCUUCAGCUACCUAUAUCCGUCAUCAGGGAAUGCACAUAAAUCCCCAACAAUUUCAUAAAUUUAUGAAAAGRGACGCAGACCACAAGGAUCAGAAAACUAUCCACAUGGGACCAAUAAUUGUUCUGCCAUCCAAAAACUCAAAAUCAACUGAAUCCAAAGCUGCACUUUCAGAAAACAAGACCUCCAGAGACUAAAUUCUUGAAUGGAAUAAUUGUUUCACUGCCUAAGGACAAAUGUUUUGAAUAAAGCUUAAACUAAAGCAGAGAUUUCUCGUYCCUCACAAAUGCCUUGUAAUAAAACUCUUAUCCUCUA